CAUAACUUGUAGGUAACAUGACCAUUUAUUCUUAUGACCUCACGACGUGACACCUUCGCAAAUCUUAUAUUUAUACGGAUUGAAAAAAAAACAGACUCCAAGACAAAUAAUAUUCGUUGAUCUCGAAUGCCAGAAGGUGGGGUUCUUCGAAGACAUUGAUAUUCUGUAAACAUAGCUGUAUCCGCAGUUAGUGCUGGAACCACCUGUGAUAUAAGUACCUACCUCUUCCAUCUUCAGACAAGCUCAAGAUGGGGAAUAUAUUAUUGUUCUCAUGCCUCCUGAUUCUUCAGUACAUGGCGACAAGUCUAGGUGAGCCAACAUUCUACCGCCAAUAUAGAAUAUUGACUGGAUCGCCAUUCUAUUACUGCUGCGACUCCAAUGACUAUUACCCCCACAGAUACACGCAAACGGCAACGUCGAAUGAUGACAAUGUUUACAUCACCGACAAAUAUGGAAGAACCACAAUUCGAUCUGGAGCUUCUUACAGAGCUAUGUCCUAUGUUAGUUCAACAUGCACUGCCAAUACUUGCGGACAAAAUGCUCAAUGCCAAGUGGUCGGAGGACGCCCUGUGUGCUCCUGUUUGAGGGGACAUUCUGGAGAUCCUCUUUCUUACUGUAAAAGAUCCGAAUGCCUCGACGACUACGAAUGUGCUGGCCAGCUGACGUGCAGAGACGGCAAAUGUAUCGACCCUUGCGCCGGCACUUGCGGUGCCAACGCCCUGUGUGAAGCAAGACGGGGCAUCCCUAUUUGCAACUGCCCACCGGGGUAUACAGGAAACGCCAUCACUUCAUGCAGAAGAUUCGAUCCAGAGGAACUCUGCCACCCGAGCCCUUGCGGCCAGAACACGAACUGCGAAGUAAAGAACGGCGUGCCGACUUGUUCCUGCCAGCCCGGCUACCAUGGCUCGCCAUUGGCAGGCUGCCGGCACGAAUGCGAGAGCGAUGCCGAGUGUGGACCGUCUGCCGCCUGCAUCCAGUUCAAGUGCCAGAAUCCUUGUUUGACGCAGUGCGGCAAGAAUGCCGAGUGCGAGACGAUCAGCAACCAUAAGGCUGUUUGCAAGUGUCCAAAGAACUACUUCGGCAACCCGUACUCGUCCUGCCAGCCGGAGUGCUACGGUGACGUCGACUGUCCCAGCCACAAACCAGCCUGUUUCUACGGUAUCUGCAAGAGCCCCUGCGACGGGGCGUGCGGCGUCGGCGCCGAUUGCAAGCUGCGCGGCCUCACACCCGUCUGCUCCUGUCCCAGGGACAUGACAGGAGAUCCCUUCGUCCGGUGCAGGCCUUUCGAAGCCAGAGACCUGUGCGAACCGAACCCAUGUGGAUCCAACGCCCACUGCGAGCCAGGUUUCGACAGGUACAACAAGGAACGACCAGUUUGUACAUGUCCUUUCGGGUACACCGGAGAUCCGCUGAAGGCCUGCUUCAAAGGAGAGUGUACUGAGGACGGGCAUUGUGCAGACAGCCAAGCUUGCAUUGAAUACAGAUGCCAGAAUCCUUGUACCAACCAGUGCGGGGUGAACGCCAAUUGCAAUCCGAGACGCCAUCUUGCUGUGUGCACUUGUCCCACCGGGUACAAUGGGGAUGCCCUGAUUCAGUGCCACCCCACUAGAAGUUUACCUGCUGCCAGAUACUUAUCCUGUUCAACCUGUUGAAGAAGACGAUUCCAAACGAACUAAUUUGAGUAGCGCGUCAUUUUAUGUGAAUAGUGUUAUAGAAUAACUACAUUGAACAAGUAACAAAUAUGAAACUGUUAUUAAUUGUACUAUAGCGAGGUUUGUUGAAGAAAGAACAUCUCUUAUCCCUCUGUAAUUUCAAAAUAGAUUAUUAAGAU